AUGCUUCCGAUAGGGGACGGAUUUGGCUGUUUCUCGGUCGUGUUUCUGGUUUUGUUGCUGGGGACCAGAAGUCCGCUAUGUUCCACCGUGCUAACCGCCUCUGUCUACCUAUUUUUGCUAAUGUUCCGGUACCAGCCAGUUCCUGUAUCCCGGACCAGGCAGGUCCUGCGGCCCGGCAGAAGAGUGGCCGGUAUUGGCAUCUCUGUCAUUGCACACCGCGGAGGGGGACAUGACGCUCCUGAAAAUACCCUGGCAGCAAUCCGUAAGGCCAGUGAGAAUGGAGCCACAGGAGUGGAGCUAGACUUGGAGUUCACUGCAGACGGUGUCCCCAUCCUGAUGCAUGACACCACUGUAGACCGCACAACCAACGGGACAGGACUGCUCAGUCAGCUUACUUACAAAGACAUUCUAAAGCUGGAUGCAGCAGCCAAGCACCGGCUUUGGGACAUUUAUCAUGGGGAGAAGGUGCCGACCCUGGAGGAAGCAAUAGAGGAGAGUCUCCGGAACCAGCUCACUAUUUACUUUGAUGUCAAAGGGCAUGCUGACGAGGCUGCUGCUGCCUUGAAGAAGAUGUACCAGAAAUAUCCCACACUUUACAACAGCAGCAUUGUCUGCUCCUUUGAACCUAAGGUCAUCUACAAAAUGCGUCAGGCUGACCCAGCUGUGGUGACGGCCCUCACUCAUCGGCCCUGGAGCCUGAGUCACUUGGGGGACGGGACGCCCCGCUUCGACUCCCUCUCAAAGCACUACUGGUUCAUGCUGCUGGAUGUCCUGUUGGACUGGAGUCACCACAGCCUGCUGUGGGACCUGUGUGGGGUCUCUGCCUUCAUCAUGCAGAAGAACUACAUCUCCCCAGAGUAUGUGCGUUUCUGGGAAUCCCGAGGAGUUGAAGUUGUGGGCUGGACGAUCAAUAACUUGGCAGAAAAGGAAUAUUAUCAGAAUGUCCUUGGGUGCAGCUACAUCACAGACAGUCUGUUGGAAGACUGUGAACCCCAUUACUGACCAAGGGAGCAAGCCUGGACUUAAGCCACCAAAUCAUUCUGAUACCACUCACAUUAACCCAGUGUUCUGUUGUAUUUUAAUAGAUUUUUUUUUCUGGUUUAAAUUUUUUUAAAUAUUUCUUACCAAUUUCAUGGGAUUUUGCAGGGUAGCCUUUGGAGGUCAAUGUAAAGUUCAGUGUUAUUAUCACUUCAUAUGGUUGAAUGCUGUAAUUGUCUCUUACUCCAGAUAAUGCUUACAUGCUGAUAACUACAGUACUUCUAAAUCGGCUACCAGAUAAGUUUAAAUGGUUGAAUGAAAAAAAUAUUUUAAAUGUUAUUUGAAAAACCGUCACGAGAAGCACCCCAAUUUAGUGCCGUCAUAUAUUUUGUUAAAGUUACUGCAACAUUUAAGACUAGAGGUGUACAAGAGUUGUGUGAACAGUAUAUGGAAAAUAUCUUGAAUAGAUAUUGAAUGUGGCACACACUGUACACUCAUGCCCUAUCCAGAAUACAUGAAUAAUGCAUGAUGAUCGCAUGUUAAAAACAUGACUGAACCACAUGGUUAAAUGUUUACUGUUAACACCUCUAAUUCAGAAGUUUUGUUGUGGGAAUGGAAGCAAAAUGAAGAAGGAAUGCAUUCUGAUAUUCUUAAGUGCACAGAAGUCUAAACUAGAAGAAGAAAUUAUAUUCUAGUUUAAAGUCACGCACUGGGUGCUGCAGCUUCAGUGUUGAGAAUAGUUUUCAUGGAAAUGUAAUGUUAUUAUUUAAAUUGUAGUUCAUAAUUUUAUCAGCAAGGAGAUUAUAUUUGGGUGAUUAAAGAACGUUUGGAAGUAA